AUGAGCAUCCCAAUCUCAAGCGACGUCAUCAAAGGCGCAGAAGACAUCAUCGCACACUCUGAGACAGCCGUCGAGCAUGUCAUACACAGCGUCGAGCAUGCAGACGUUGUGUACCGUCUAGGCGUAGAUGUAGGGGGGACGAACACCGACGCCGUCCUCCUCGCUCUCUCCGAAGAUCAUAAGCAGAAUGCUGUCCUCUCCGGCCACAAGAGCCCCACGACGCCAGAAGUGAUGGACGGCAUCGUCAGCGCUGUCCAGAUGGUGCUCAAGGACGUAUCGGACUUGAGCAAGAUACAGGCUCUCUCUAUUGGCACUACUCAUUUCGUCAAUGCACUCAUCACUCGUGACCCUAGGAAAUUGCAUAAAGUAGCCGUGAUCCGUCUGUGCGGGCCAUUCAGCCUCAAAUGCCCGCCCUUCGCCAGCUUCCCAAGAGAGCUGAGGAGCAUCCUCAAGGGGCCCGUGUUCAUGCUCUCUGGAGGGCUGCAGAUUGACGGUCGAGAGAUCGCGCCCGUUAUCCCUGCGGAAGUAGAAGCAGCAUGCAAAGAGAUCGCUGCAGCGAACAUCCACGCCAUCGCCAUCUCCUCCGUGUAUGCUCCCAUCGACCACACCUACAAGCAAGAAGAAGCCGUCGCAUCGAUCGUCCGCCGUCUCCUGCCCAGAGCGCACAUAACGAUCUCCAAGCAGAUAUCCAACAUCGGCCUGCUAGACAGGGAGAACGCGUCCAUCCUCAACGCCGCACUGCUCUCUUAUGCCCGCCAGACGGUCCGCGGGUUCCGUAGGGCUGCGGCACUGCUCAACCUCAGUUGUCCGGUGUUUAUCACUGGGAACGACGGGACGCUGCUCACUUGUGCCCAGGCGGCCAAGUUCCCCAUCAGGACGUUCAGUAGCGGGCCGACGAAUAGUAUGAGAGGGGCGGCGUGGUUAGCCCAGCUCGAGAUGGGGCAGGAGAAAGGCGAGGGCGCGUUAGUUGUUGAUAUUGGUGGGACCACCAGUGACAUCGGCAUGCUCCUCCCCACCGGAUUCCCUCGUCAAGCCGCGGCGAAGCAUCAUCUCUGCGGUGUCCGACUCAACUUCUCGAUGCCUGACGUCGUCUCGAUCGGUCUAGGUGGAGGUUCGCUCGUCCGCACGCACCCAGAAGACGGGAGAGUCAGCGUAGGACCCGACAGUGUCGGGUAUCGCAUAACUUCCGAGGCGCUCGUAUUUGGCGGAAAGGUGCUCACAGCGACGGAUAUUGCGGUCGCGAGCGGAAGGGUGGGAGAUGUGGGGGACAAGAGUCUGGUGAAGCACGUGCUGAAGGGGAUGGUAGAGAAAGCCCAGGCGAGGAUUAAGAGUAUGCUCGAGACCACGCUGGACUCGAUGAAGACCUCGGCUGCGGACAUACCGGUGUACCUGGUUGGGGGAGGCGCGAUUCUUGCCCCGGAUCAUUUGGAUGGCGUGAGCCGCGUAGUCAAGUUCAAGAAUUCUGGCGUGGCGAACGCGUGUGGGGCUGCAAUUGCCCAGGUCGCAGGCACAGUCGACACAGUGGAGGAGAUCUCUUCCCGCUCUAUCCCGGAAGUGCGCAAGCUCAUCGAGCACCGCGCUAUGGACCUGGCGAUCAAGGCCGGCGCGAACCCGGACAAAGUCAGUAUCAUAGAGAGCGAGGCUAUCCCGAUCGCGUAUACUGCUGGAAGGUGCAGGUUCUACGUCAAGGCUGCUGGGGAAUGGAAGGGCGUUACCGGGGAAGCGGAAGAGGUGGGCGAGGAAGACGAGGACGGGGAAGCGGGGACGCUGGUAAACGGGGCGUAUGAGCCCGAGGAACCGGAGCAUGUACCCACCGCGAAGGAGAUUGUUGACUAUCGGCCUAGAGUGGAGCAGGGGGCAUGGACGCUUUCUGAGCUCGACCUAGAGUUCAUCGCCGAUGGUGCGUAUAUCCUCGGCUGUGGAGGUGGGGGCUCGCCGUACCAGCGCUACUUGCGGCUGAGGGAAGGGCUAAGGAAGGGAGCGGUGAUCAGAGUGAUCGAUCUGGGGAGCUUGGAGGACGACGCGCUCAUCGGUUGGGGGGGAGGGCUGGGGAGCCCGGAGGUAGCGGAUGAGAGACUGUCGGGGGACGAGUAUCAGGAAGCGACUGAGGAGCUACUUAAGUUCAUGGGUAUUACGAAGCUUGCUGGGUUUGCCGCGCUCGAGAUUGGUGGUGGGAACGGAAUGAUCAACAUGAUCCUCUCGAGCAGCGAGGUCUUUGGUUGGCCAGUUAUUGACGGCGACUUCAUGGGACGUGCUUAUCCUACUAGUUGGCAAACUACCCCGAACGUGUAUGAUGACACGCACAAGUGCGCCAACCUGUUGCCUUCGGCCAUCGCGAGUGGUGAUGGAAACGUCAUGUUCAUGACCCGGGUGAAGGGCGACCGAGACCACGAUGCAGCUUUCCGCGCGUGUUGUACGGAGAUGGGCACCAGUGUCGGUUGUGCGCUCCGUCCUCUGACCGCUGGCUAUUGCCGCAAGGCUAUGAUCAACAACACUGUCUCUCUGGCUUGGCGCAUCGGUCGCGCUGUUGCUCUGGCCCGGAAGAGCGCACAGAUUGGCAACGUCGGGAAUAUCAUCGUCGAUGCUCUCGGGGGAAAGGAGACUGGCAGGGUCCUGUUCAGCGGAAAGAUCGUCGAUGUUUCUCGCAGCAUUUAUAAGGGACAUACGAUCGGCCGUGUCACUAUCCAGGCCCUGGCAGAUGAUAGCGAGCCCACAGACGGCCCGGUCGAGAAAUACAAAGGCACGCUGAUGAUCCCCUUCAAGAACGAGAACCUGUACGCAGAACACGAUCCGAAAGAUGGCAGCAAGCCGAUAGUCCUGGCCUCCGUACCCGACCUUAUCAUGGUCAUUGAUGCUCAGAAUGGCGCUGCCCUUGGUACCCCGGACUACAAGUAUGGUCUGCGCGUUAUCGUCCUUGGCGUAACGGCUGCACCCCAGUGGACGGACACUGAGAGAGGUUUGGAGAUUGGCGACUGUCGUGCCUUUGGGUAUGUGCUCAGGCCGUUUCCCGAGGUCAAGUACGUCCCUCUAGGAAAGUAUAUCCAACCAAAGAGCGUGAUCGAGGAAUUUGGCGCAUGA